GCACUUCACUCUGCUAUAAAGCUGGAUGUCGCUGGGAUGGUCGACAAAGCGGAAAAACACUGUACUUGGCGCAGACAAAGUUUCACAAUGGAGUUUUGCAUAUUAGCGCUCUUUACACUUUUCUCCUCGUUUUACAACGUGUUGGCGCUGGCACCUAAAGGCGCGUGUCUCCUUCAAGUGGACGAGGGACCUUGCAGAGGAGAGAUCGAGCGCUACCACUACAACACAAUCACCCAAAAAUGCGAGAUUUUCUACUAUGGCGGGUGCCAAGGGAAUGCCAAUAACUUCAGGAGUUACCAGGAGUGCCAUAAAACAUGUUUCAGAAUACCAAAAAUUCCCCAAAUCUGCAGGUUUCCUAGAGAUGAGGGACCCUGCCGGGGCCUCUUUCACCGUUACUUCUUCAAUAUGACCACCAUGCAGUGUGAACCCUUCUCCUACGGUGGCUGCCAGGGCAAUUCCAAUCGCUUCCAUGACCUCACCACUUGUAAGGAGUACUGCAACCCACGAAAAAAUGUUCCCGUGCUCUGCCUGGACCCCGUGGACAAAGGGAAGUGUUCGGCCUCCAUUCCUCGGUAUUUCUACAACACAGCCACCAAGAUGUGCGAGGAGUUCAUCUACUCAGGCUGCGGAGGGAGCAGCAACAACUUUGUGUCGAGGCAGAGCUGCAUGGACGUGUGUGCCAAAGGAAAGAAAAAACACACAAGCCGAGGAAAAGGCCGUCGCAUGAGACGGAAUAGACAUAAUCGCAUCACUUUCUUGCAGGCGUAGACGUCUGACACUCAGGGACUCUCACUUGGACAAGCCCUUAUUGGAAACUCACAUUAUAUAAACUGACUUUGUUUUGUUCUGAAAAUGACGACCAGCUCUUCCUUGUUGUUCGCGGAUGAGCUUUAGUGGCACAUAUACACAUCCACUGUAUUUGUAAUGCUUUAUGAGCAAUUUCAAAUGUGGUUUUCACUGUAUGCUGUUACAUGAAGUUUGUUACUACUGCACUAAUGUUCUUUAUUGUGUGUUUUGAUACUGUAAAUGUAUUUUUUUUGUAUAAGAAACACCUUAUGAUCCUGUGGUCCUUUAUAUUUGCCUGUUUUAUGAGGACAUUUUUUAUAAAGAAAUAUACAGUUUUAUGAAAUACUGUGCCAUUUUUGUGCUGCUGAUUGUGUGAUUUGAAUAAUUAACUAACAAAAUGUGUUGCUUACAUUUUCCCCAAUCACUUCAGUGUUUUCAUGUAACCUUCAACAGUGUCUUAAUACGUUUUACUAAAGCACAAGCCAAAAAAACAAGCUUUGCUGCUUCCUUCACUUCCUCACAGUGACUUUCACUUUAUCUCUAGGCCUUUUCCAUUCCUUACUAAUGCCGCUGUCUUCCAUCCUUAUCUGGUAAUACUUCGCAAGGCACUCAAGCCUAUCUUGGCUGCUUCAGCAUAGCCUUGAAUCAGGGAGGAGGUAAUCAUAGUGCAGCAAGCACGGCCGUGGUGGGUUCAUUAGGACGUUUCUGCAUGUCUAGUGGAGAGGAAACUGCAGGUUUACAAAAUGUGAAUCAUGAGCCUCCGACAAUGUUCCCAGCAAUUAUAAAGUAAUUAUAGUGACAUACACACAAUUAUAAGUACAAACGGGGAUGCAUCCAUGCACAAAGCAUGAUAAGCUAUAUGCAUAUAUAGUUUCUCCCAAGCUCUUAUUGAAUAAGCUUUUUCUUUUUCUUUGAUCAAUAACACCAGUUUACUCAGAUAAUAUGUACCGCGGGAGGAAAUAAAUCGUAACGCCAUUAAGGAAAAGAUGCUAUUAAUUCCAAGGAGAAUAUCCUGACUGUCCUAAAUCUCUGCUUUGUUCCAUCUCCUUUAACAGUUGUAGCGCUGUGUGAUUUUUCAAACAGUAAAUAUUUAUGGAAGGUAUCAAAGGAAACCACUCACCCAUCUGGCUCGGCUAUAAAUAGCAGUAAAAGGUAAUACGUCUGGCUAGGCCCUUUGCUAUUAACAACCAACGCUAAAUCAUCUACUCAGUAGCGAUAUGAGAGAUAGUGUGUCAUCCUAACAGUGUCUGCUCAGCCUCUCAAAAGCCACAUCAUCUUGAAAUCAUCACUGGUGGCUUUGGGGAAUUGAGGUUGAGCUUUUUUUGACCUGCUCCCUGAGAUAAACUUUUCUUUUCUGCUUGAACUUUCCAAUCACUGAAAAUAUGAGGAAACGUAUAUUAAAGGGUGUGGAAAGCAGCAAAGCAGAAGAGGCAUGUUAAUUUCAUCUAGUACAAGUCAGUGGUUGUACAUGGAAAUUAAGCAUGAUGCAGUAUGAGAUAUAAACAGUUUUUAUGUUGCAGAAGAUACUAAAACUGACCAUUACGGUUACAGAUCUUGUGUUUUCAGCACAAUUACAACAUAUUUGUACC